AUGCUCAUGUUGCCACGUCACCGGGGCUCGAGUCGGCGGUUCAGUUUCCAGCAGAUGCUGACGUUGCAGCUGCUGAAGCUGGACGAGGCACAUCUUCGCAUGCUGAUGUCAGCAGUCAACAGCAACCCAGGAGACGAGCUGUGUGCCCCGUUUGCAAGGCCGCGCCGCUCUCCAUCAUCCAUCACGUCAACCUCGCCGCUGCUGACUUCGACCAGCUACCCAUCCUGCCCUUUGAUUCUGCACAACAAGGGGCCUUCGAACCUGCGGCUGAGGCAGCUGCGGGGAGCCAUGCUGAGGGCAGGCAUGGAAGCAGCGGGGGUAGGAUCAUCAGUUUGCUCCUACUUAUCUUCCAUCACUCCCUACCCCUCCCCCCUUUUUCUAUCACUCCUCCAGCGCGUUUGUGCCCUCUGGGGAGCAUUGCAAGCGGAGGCGCCUUUACACCAGCUCGCCUAUGGCAGUGGCACCAGCGCUGCCAUCGCCUGCACCAUCUCCGUCACCCCUGUGUGCAGCUCAGGGUGCAGAGAGCACGAGAGGGAGGGCAGGCGGAGCGGGCAAGGGCGGGUGGCAGCAGCGGGGGCGGGCCGAGUGGCGGAGAGUGCGCCGACGGAGAGUGUGGUGCACGCGUGGAUGACUGUGGAGCUGCAGGCGCUCAUGAAGCCACUUGUCACUGCCCGCCCACCCCUCAUUGCUCGCCCCCCACUCACUGGCACUCCCCGUCCCCCUGUGGUGGCCCGCCUGUCUGCGCUAGCAGAGGCUGCUCGCCCCUUCCUGUUCGACCGUGCCUUUGCCUUCGCUGUCCGCCUCUUCUCCUUCGCGCACCCGCAACCUGCUGCUGGUGCUGCUGCUGCUGGGGCAGGAAAGCAACAGGCGGUAGGGCGAGAGGAGCAAUCAAAAGGGCCAGGAAGUGCAAUUGGGAGGGAGUCUGGGAAAGAAGGUGCAGGCGAUGGAGGAGGAGCAUCGGAAAACUCACAAGGGCAGAUGGGCGUAGUGGGGAGCAGAGAGGCAGCAGAAGGCGGUGCAUGUGGGGUGGAACAAGCAGGUGGAGAGCAACCCUGGCAAGCAGUGGCUCACGGUGGAAGAGGCAGUGGAGAGCAUGAUGGGGAAGGGCGGCAGGGAGCAGGUGGUGUGAGAAGGGGGGGGAAGGAGCAGCUGGCAGUGGGAGAAGGGAGGUGGCGGAGGGUGGUGGUGGAAGAGAGGGCAUCGGAGGAUGUGUUUGGGGAGCUUGAGGGCGCUGAGGAUGGCGGUGAUGAUGGGGGCGAUGAUUUCAACGGUGACUGGGAUGAGUAG